AUGGCCAGCUCAAGCUCCAAUUCACAUGUCACUCUCGAAGUUGGAGAACAACACACAUACACAUACCCAUACCCAUCAAAUCUAUCUGCAACAGGCUUUACCACUGUGAAGCUGAGUGGUAGGGAUGAGUAUGGGAAGGAAAAAGUGGGUGACUAUCAAACUCACUACAGGCUGUGGAGAAGAUCAGAUGCACUUGUGAAGGGUUGGAUUCUUGGUUCUCUCUCUAAACGAACUUUAGGGUAUGUUUUGGAUCGUCUCCAUCAACAGAGAAAUGCAAAUGAUUUUAGUGGAAAAGAUGCAUGGGAUGAACUCCACACUAUGUAUGCUCCUGUUGGUAUUCCACCUGAACUGCUAGUAGUUGAAGAUACACUACAAGAUAAAGACAGAGCAAAGAAUCUCCACAGAUUAUACAAUCAUACUAAAGCUGGUUAUUGGAAUGGGGUUGAAGACAUACUGAGGCAGGAAAGGGUUACAGUGACGGACAAAAUCACCAAUAAUGGCACCACCGCGCUCCAUGCAGCAGUCGAUGGAAGCACGCUGCUUCAUGUAGCUGCCAUUAAUGGCAACUAUGAAACUGCUGACAUCUUGGUGGCAAAGGACCCAAAUUUGUUGUUGGCUCUUUCUAAUAUGCAUACCCAGACAGCAAGACAUCUGUUGCAAUGCAUCAAUACUGUUAUUGAUGAUAUACAGAAGGAUGCUCUGUUUUCUGGCAAAACUGGUGAUGACCUUCUAGUUACUGUUAUUUCUUCUAAAGAUUUUGGUUUUGCAAGAGAACUGUUAAAGCGUUACAAAACAUUGCAUACUGAUGCUGUGCUGAUGGCUAUAGCUCAAAAUUUCCCUCCCAAGCUUAAAGCGAAUGAUAUACUUAUGUGGGUGGAUGAGUAUUUCACAACCCCUUGCAAUUAUAUUAUUUAUGGCAGAUCGGUUUUGAGGUUGAUAUGCAUCCCAAUCUUAUUUGUGACUUCCUGCAUCCUUAUGUGUUUCCUGUAUAUCCUUGGGAUGUUAGUGUAUCUAUUCUUUAAAGAGGGACAUAAAUUUUUUGAAGAUGUUAUAUGCCUGUUGUCGGAGGUAUCUAUGUUGAUAAGGGAAAAAAACUACUUCAGCUCUUACCAUCAUUAUUACAGAAAUCCAAUUAUUGAAGCCAGAAGACAAAAUGCAUACGAGUUUGUAGAUAAAAUUAUGCAUCACUUCCCUAAUGCAAUUUGGAGUGCCAACGAAGAUGGUCACAACAUUAUUCAGUAUGCUGUGAUAAAUCGCUCAGAAAAGAUUUACAACCUACUAUAUUGGAUGAGCCAACAUAGGAAUAUAUGUCGAAGAAUUAAAGACUCUUUAGGGAAUAACCUAUUGCAUCUAGCUGCAAGAUUGGCACCUAACAACAAACUGAAUCUUAUAUCGGGGGAAGCUUUACAAAUACAACGUGAACUACAAUGGUUUAAGGUAUAA